GAACCCCCACUUGCACCCAUGCCCCAUGAGUCCCGCGGCGGGCGCGGCGCAGCUCGGGCCGUUCUUCGGCGUCUAUCUCCUCUACUGCUUGAACCCUCGAUACCCCGGACGCGUCUACGUGGGGUUCACCGUCAACCCAGCCCGUCGGGCUCAGCAGCACAACGGGGGCCGCAGGAAAGGUGGAGCCUGGCGGACUAGCGGGCGCGGGCCCUGGGAGAUGGUGCUCAUUGUACAUGGCUUCCCUUCAGCAGUGGCUGCACUACGGUUCGAAUGGGCCUGGCAGCACCCGCAUGCCUCUCGACGCCUGGCACAUGUGGGUCCCCGUAAACGCAGCGAGGGAUCCUUUGACUUCCACCUGCGCGUGCUGGCGCACAUGCUGUGCACACCACCCUGGGUGCGCCUCCCACUCACACUCAGAUGGCUGCGCCCCGACUUCCAGCGGGAUCUGUGCCCGCCGCCGCCAUCGCAUGUGCCACUGGCCUUUGGGCCUCCGCUCCCAAGAUGCCGUGCUACUCCCUCCGUUCACCCGGACCCGGACCCAGACACCGAGGACCGCUGCAGCCUGUGUGCCCGUGGGCUCCAGGAUGAAGAAGUGCCCCUGUGCUGUCCCCACCCCAACUGCUCCUUGAGGGCCCACAUGAUCUGCCUGGCAGAGUGUUUCCUGCAGGAGGAGCCUGGGCAGCUUUUGCCCCUGGAGGGCCAAUGUCCAGGCUGUGAGAACACUUUGCUGUGGGGGGACCUGAUCUGGCUGAGCCGAAUGGGCACCCAGGAAGCUGAGGACAACCUCGAAUUAGAGGAGGUGAGAGGCAGCCUGACACCAGCUUCCUUGCACUGUGCCUUAGGCCACCUCUGACCCCUGCUCUCU